CAUUAUAUAUAUGUAUGUGUCUUUUCUUUAAAACAAGGACAUUCAUCUUCUUCUUGACUCUUGAUCGUUUCGUUUUCGUUAUCUAUUCUCGUUUCUGUUUCUUCCAGUCAAUAAAUAAGUUAUUGACCUUGACCUUAUUCUAUUACGCAAUUGACAAUACGAUAUUCCUGAAAUUGCGUAUUAUUCGAAUACAUGACAAUUGGCGACGAAAGUGAGAUCAUCUUCUCCUUACAUUUGUUUUAAAUAUACAUAUUUAAAACCGUACACAUUUUUUUUUUGUUAAAAAAAAAAAAUUUCUCUAUUAAAUUCUUCCCAGUCGUGUUACACUUGAACAACAAUUACGUUCAAUUACUAAUACUCUUCAUGAAUUUGAUCCGAAUUCUUAUGAUUGGGAAGAAUGGGAAGUUCUCUUUGAUACAUAUCUUGAAGUUCAAGGAAUUACUGAAGAUUCGAAGAAACGAAAUCUACUUAUAACUGCUCUUGGUGUACAACCAUUUAAAACCUUGAUCUCGAUUUGUAAACGAAAGAAACCAACUGAAUGUAAUUAUCCUGAAUUAAUUGAAAAACUUCGAUCAAAUUAUGCACGUAUUACUUUUCCAUCAAUAGAACGUAUUAAAUUUUUUGGAAAACGUCAAGAAUCUCCACAAACUCUUACAGAUUUUGCAAAUGAUUUACGUGAUAAAUCAACAACUUGUAAAUUUCCUUCGAAUUUCUAUGAAGAAGCAUUAAUCACUGCAUUUGUUGGUGGUUUACAAAAUGAUCAUGUACGCAAACAUCUAAUGCAACGAAAUUUACAAACCUUUGAAGAAACUAUUAACACUGCUAAAACAAUUGAAUCAAUUUUAAUUGAAGGUUCAAAAAUUAAAAAUACAUCAUCAGAAGAACUUAAUCUUAAUAAAAUUACUCAACAUCGUAAACAACACAAAAAUCCUCAUUAUCAAAAAUCAAUUUGUUUUAGUUGUGGAUCUACUGAUCAUCCACGAUCAAAAUGUCGUUUUCGUAACGCUACUGGUCACAAAUGUAACAAGGAAGGACAUAUUGCUAAAGUUUGUCGUUCAAAAGCAACUUCAAAUCAAUUCAAGGUAAAUACAAUAUUUUCAGUAUCACAAAAUUCAUUUACACGUGAACAUGCUAUUCGAAUUCCUAUCAAAGUUGAUGAUGUUCAAGUUAAUUUUGAACUUGAUAAUGGUUCUCCUAUUACAAUAAUAAAUAAACAUGUUUGGGAAUUAAUGGGACAACCAAAAUUACGUCCAGUUAAAUCAACUUAUAAUAGUUUUUCUGGUCAUUCUAUUCGUAUUCAAGGGGAGAAGAUGGUAAACGUGAAUUACAAUGAUCGAUCUGUUCAAUUAAAAGUUAUUGUUGGUGAUAAAAAUAGAAAUAAUAUUCUUGGUCGUAAUUGGAUUAAUGCUUUACAUCUUAAUAAUCAAACAUUAGAUGAUCUUAUUUCUAAUUCAUCAAUACAAAAUGUUCAUUUUGAAUUUAAAAAUUUAAAUGAAUUAAUUAUUCUUUAUGAUGACAUUUUUAAAGAUGGUUUAGGUUGUUGCAAAGUAAAAGCCCAUCUUCAUGUAAAACCAAAUGUUAUUCCAAAAUUUUGCAAAGCUAGAUCUUUACCAUUUGCUUAUCGUGAAGCUGUUGAAAAUGAUUUCAAUCGACUUAUUACUGAAGGUGUUCUAGAACCGAUUACUGUUUCAAAGUGGGCUGCACCCAUCGUGGUGGUACCAAAACCAGGUGGUAAAGUUCGAAUUUGUGCUGAUUUUAGUACUGGUGUUAAUCAAGCAUUAGAUAUUGAUCAAUAUCCAUUACCAAAACCAAAUGAUUUAUUUGUUGCACUUAAUGGUGGAACACUAUUUAGUAAAAUUGAUUUUUCUGAAGCUUAUUUACAAGUUGAAUUAGAUGAUGAUAGUAAAGAACUUUUAGUCAUCAAUACACAUAAAGGUUUAUUCCGAUUUAAUCGAUUACCAUUUGGUAUUGCUUCUGCACCUAGCAUCUUCCAGAAAAUUAUGGAUCAAAUGUUAUCAGGUCUGGAAGGUACAGCGUGUUACUUAGAUGAUAUUAUUGUUACUGGCAAAAAUAAAAUUGAUCAUUUAAAUAAUUUACAUAAAGUAUUUAAUAGAAUUAAAGAAUAUGGAUUUCAAAUUAAUAAAGGUAAAUGCAUAUUUCUAAAUAAUUAUGUGGAAUAUUUAGGCUUUAUUGUGGACAAAAAUGGUGUUCAUUCAUCUCCAUCAAAAACAAAAGCAAUUGUCGAAAUGCCUAAACCAACUAAUAUAUCUCAAUUACGUUCAUUUUUUGGUAUGAUUAAUCAUUAUGCUAAAUUUAUUCCAAAUUUAUCAGAUCAAUUAUCACCUUUUUAUUCAUUAUUAAAAAAUAAUACUCCAUGGAAAUGGAAUUCAUUUUGUGACAAAGCUUUUAAAAAUAUUAAACAAUGUCUUACUUCUCCACUUGCAUUAACACAUUAUGAUCCUUCUCUACCAUUAGUUCUGGCAGCAGAUGCAUCUAAUUCAGGUGUUGGUGCAGUUAUUUAUCAUCGUUAUCCUGAUGAAGCGCUUGCUAUUAUUUAUGGUGUACAAAAGUUUGAUCAAUUUCUACGUGGUCGAAGGUUUACACUUCUUACAGAUCAUAAACCAUUAAUUACAAUUUUUGGUCCAAAGAAAGGCAUUCCAACAACAUCAGCUAAUCGUCUUCAACGUUGGGCUCUUCGUUUAAUGGGAUAUGUUUAUGAUAUUGAAUACCGUUCAACAUUUAAUUUCGGUCAUGCCGAUGGACUUUCUCGAUUACCUAUUGGACCAGAUAAAGCUUUCGAUAAUCAAGAUCCAGGUGAAAUACGUGUAGUUGCUUCAAUUCAACAAGAUUCUCAACAAGAUUUACCUCUUCGUGCUGCACAAAUUGCUAAAGCAACUCAAAAAGAUCUUAUUCUCAUACAAGUUUAUAAAUUUAUAUUAUCAGGUUGGCCAUUAUCUAUUUCUGAUAAUUUACAACCUUAUUAUCGAAUCCGAAAUGAUCUUUCAACAUCACAUGGAUGUAUUACCUGGGGUCUUCGUACAAUUAUUCCAACUUGUUUUCGAAUUCAUCUUUUAAAUUAUCUUCAUUUGUCUCAUCCAGGAAUGAUCCGAAUGAAAGUCUAUGCUCGACGUUAUUUUUGGUGGCCAUUUAUCGACAAAGAGAUUGAAGAUCUCGUUCGUAAAUGUCCCAGCUGUACGAAAAAUUCUAAACAACCAAUUAAAGCUCCAUUAUCACCAUGGCCUGUACCAAGUCAACCAUGGCAACGAAUUCAUAUAGACUUUAUGGGAAAAUUUAUGAAUUUAUAUUUCCUUAUUAUUGUUGAUGCAUAUUCUAAAUGGAUUGAAGUCAUUACAAUGCAAAAUCCAUCAAAUAAAUCAACAAUUCUUAUUGUAUCUGAUAAUGGUAAUCAAUUUACUUCAGCAGAAUUUACUGAAUUCUGUACUCGUAAUGGUAUUAAACACAUUACAACAUCACCGGGACAUCCUCAAUCUAAUGGUCAGGCAGAACGUUAUGUGGACAUUGUUAAAUCUGCUUUAACAAAAGGACUUUAUAAUGGUGGGAAAAUUGAUGAUAUUCUUUCAAAUUUUUUAUUUUGUUAUAGAACAACUCCUCAUGCAACAACGAAGUCAAGUCCAGCUGAACUAUUUCUUAAACAACAAAUAAGAACUAUAUUCGAUUUAUUAAGGCCCGACACUUUUGAUCCAUCAUAUACAACUCGAUGUCGUUAUAUAAAAAAUUUUGAUCGACAUACAAAAGAACGUUAUUUCGAAAAAAAUAACAAGGUUCUUGUACGUGAUUUUAGAAAUAAUUCAAAUAAAAUAAAAUGGACACCUGGUGUACUUAUUAAUCAACAAGGUUCACGAUUAUGGUUUGUCAAAGUCGGAAAUCAUAUUUGGCGUCGUCAUGAAAAUCAAAUUAAACAUCGUGAAUGGUCAACAGAUGACGAUGUUAUUACUUUAGAUCCAACAACAAUGAUAGAAACAGGUACAAUUGAUCGUAACAAGUGCUCUUCAUCAUCUUCCAUAUCUGAUCAAGUAUCAGAUACAAUUCGACGUUCAGCUCGACUCAAGAAACCAGUACAUCGUCGUGUUACACUUGAACAACAAUUACGUUCAAUUACUAAUACUCUUCAUGAAUUUGAUCCGAAUUCUUAUGAUUGGGAAGAAUGGGAAGUUCUCUUUGAUACAUAUCUUGAAGUUCAAGGAAUUACUGAAGAUUCGAAGAAACGAAAUCUACUUAUAACUGCUCUUGGUGUACAACCAUUUAAAACCUUGAUCUCGAUUUGUAAACGAAAGAAACCAACUGAAUGUAAUUAUCCUGAAUUAAUUGAAAAACUUCGAUCAAAUUAUGCACGUAUUACUUUUCCAUCAAUAGAACGUAUUAAAUUUUUUGGAAAACGUCAAGAAUCUCCACAAACUCUUACAGAUUUUGCAAAUGAUUUACGUGAUAAAUCAACAACUUGUAAAUUUCCUUCGAAUUUCUAUGAAGAAGCAUUAAUCACUGCAUUUGUUGGUGGUUUACAAAAUGAUCAUGUACGCAAACAUCUAAUGCAACGAAAUUUACAAACCUUUGAAGAAACUAUUAACACUGCUAAAACAAUUGAAUCAAUUUUAAUUGAAGGUUCAAAAAUUAAAAAUACAUCAUCAGAAGAACUUAAUCUUAAUAAAAUUACUCAACAUCGUAAACAACACAAAAAUCCUCAUUAUCAAAAAUCAAUUUGUUUUAGUUGUGGAUCUACUGAUCAUCCACGAUCAAAAUGUCGUUUUCGUAACGCUACUGGUCACAAAUGUAACAAGGAAGGACAUAUUGCUAAAGUUUGUCGUUCAAAAGCAACUUCAAAUCAAUUCAAGGUAAAUACAAUAUUUUCAGUAUCACAAAAUUCAUUUACACGUGAACAUGCUAUUCGAAUUCCUAUCAAAGUUGAUGAUGUUCAAGUUAAUUUUGAACUUGAUAAUGGUUCUCCUAUUACAAUAAUAAAUAAACAUGUUUGGGAAUUAAUGGGACAACCAAAAUUACGUCCAGUUAAAUCAACUUAUAAUAGUUUUUCUGGUCAUUCUAUUCGUAUUCAAGGGGAGAAGAUGGUAAACGUGAAUUACAAUGAUCGAUCUGUUCAAUUAAAAGUUAUUGUUGGUGAUAAAAAUAGAAAUAAUAUUCUUGGUCGUAAUUGGAUUAAUGCUUUACAUCUUAAUAAUCAAACAUUAGAUGAUCUUAUUUCUAAUUCAUCAAUACAAAAUGUUCAUUUUGAAUUUAAAAAUUUAAAUGAAUUAAUUAUUCUUUAUGAUGACAUUUUUAAAGAUGGUUUAGGUUGUUGCAAAGUAAAAGCCCAUCUUCAUGUAAAACCAAAUGUUAUUCCAAAAUUUUGCAAAGCUAGAUCUUUACCAUUUGCUUAUCGUGAAGCUGUUGAAAAUGAUUUCAAUCGACUUAUUACUGAAGGUGUUCUAGAACCGAUUACUGUUUCAAAGUGGGCUGCACCCAUCGUGGUGGUACCAAAACCAGGUGGUAAAGUUCGAAUUUGUGCUGAUUUUAGUACUGGUGUUAAUCAAGCAUUAGAUAUUGAUCAAUAUCCAUUACCAAAACCAAAUGAUUUAUUUGUUGCACUUAAUGGUGGAACACUAUUUAGUAAAAUUGAUUUUUCUGAAGCUUAUUUACAAGUUGAAUUAGAUGAUGAUAGUAAAGAACUUUUAGUCAUCAAUACACAUAAAGGUUUAUUCCGAUUUAAUCGAUUACCAUUUGGUAUUGCUUCUGCACCUAGCAUCUUCCAGAAAAUUAUGGAUCAAAUGUUAUCAGGUCUGGAAGGUACAGCGUGUUACUUAGAUGAUAUUAUUGUUACUGGCAAAAAUAAAAUUGAUCAUUUAAAUAAUUUACAUAAAGUAUUUAAUAGAAUUAAAGAAUAUGGAUUUCAAAUUAAUAAAGGUAAAUGCAUAUUUCUAAAUAAUUAUGUGGAAUAUUUAGGCUUUAUUGUGGACAAAAAUGGUGUUCAUUCAUCUCCAUCAAAAACAAAAGCAAUUGUCGAAAUGCCUAAACCAACUAAUAUAUCUCAAUUACGUUCAUUUUUUGGUAUGAUUAAUCAUUAUGCUAAAUUUAUUCCAAAUUUAUCAGAUCAAUUAUCACCUUUUUAUUCAUUAUUAAAAAAUAAUACUCCAUGGAAAUGGAAUUCAUUUUGUGACAAAGCUUUUAAAAAUAUUAAACAAUGUCUUACUUCUCCACUUGCAUUAACACAUUAUGAUCCUUCUCUACCAUUAGUUCUGGCAGCAGAUGCAUCUAAUUCAGGUGUUGGUGCAGUUAUUUAUCAUCGUUAUCCUGAUGAAGCGCUUGCUAUUAUUUAUGGUGUACAAAAGUUUGAUCAAUUUCUACGUGGUCGAAGGUUUACACUUCUUACAGAUCAUAAACCAUUAAUUACAAUUUUUGGUCCAAAGAAAGGCAUUCCAACAACAUCAGCUAAUCGUCUUCAACGUUGGGCUCUUCGUUUAAUGGGAUAUGUUUAUGAUAUUGAAUACCGUUCAACAUUUAAUUUCGGUCAUGCCGAUGGACUUUCUCGAUUACCUAUUGGACCAGAUAAAGCUUUCGAUAAUCAAGAUCCAGGUGAAAUACGUGUAGUUGCUUCAAUUCAACAAGAUUCUCAACAAGAUUUACCUCUUCGUGCUGCACAAAUUGCUAAAGCAACUCAAAAAGAUCUUAUUCUCAUACAAGUUUAUAAAUUUAUAUUAUCAGGUUGGCCAUUAUCUAUUUCUGAUAAUUUACAACCUUAUUAUCGAAUCCGAAAUGAUCUUUCAACAUCACAUGGAUGUAUUACCUGGGGUCUUCGUACAAUUAUUCCAACUUGUUUUCGAAUUCAUCUUUUAAAUUAUCUUCAUUUGUCUCAUCCAGGAAUGAUCCGAAUGAAAGUCUAUGCUCGACGUUAUUUUUGGUGGCCAUUUAUCGACAAAGAGAUUGAAGAUCUCGUUCGUAAAUGUCCCAGCUGUACGAAAAAUUCUAAACAACCAAUUAAAGCUCCAUUAUCACCAUGGCCUGUACCAAGUCAACCAUGGCAACGAAUUCAUAUAGACUUUAUGGGAAAAUUUAUGAAUUUAUAUUUCCUUAUUAUUGUUGAUGCAUAUUCUAAAUGGAUUGAAGUCAUUACAAUGCAAAAUCCAUCAAAUAAAUCAACAAUUCUUAUUGUAUCUGAUAAUGGUAAUCAAUUUACUUCAGCAGAAUUUACUGAAUUCUGUACUCGUAAUGGUAUUAAACACAUUACAACAUCACCGGGACAUCCUCAAUCUAAUGGUCAGGCAGAACGUUAUGUGGACAUUGUUAAAUCUGCUUUAACAAAAGGACUUUAUAAUGGUGGGAAAAUUGAUGAUAUUCUUUCAAAUUUUUUAUUUUGUUAUAGAACAACUCCUCAUGCAACAACGAAGUCAAGUCCAGCUGAACUAUUUCUUAAACAACAAAUAAGAACUAUAUUCGAUUUAUUAAGGCCCGACACUUUUGAUCCAUCAUAUACAACUCGAUGUCGUUAUAUAAAAAAUUUUGAUCGACAUACAAAAGAACGUUAUUUCGAAAAAAAUAACAAGGUUCUUGUACGUGAUUUUAGAAAUAAUUCAAAUAAAAUAAAAUGGACACCUGGUGUACUUAUUAAUCAACAAGGUUCACGAUUAUGGUUUGUCAAAGUCGGAAAUCAUAUUUGGCGUCGUCAUGAAAAUCAAAUUAAACAUCGUGAAUGGUCAACAGAUGACGAUGUUAUUACUUUAGAUCCAACAACAAUGAUAGAAACAGGUACAAUUGAUCGUAACAAGUGCUCUUCAUCAUCUUCCAUAUCUGAUCAAGUAUCAGAUACAAUUCGACGUUCAGCUCGACUCAAGAAACCAGUACAUCGGUUAAUUGAAGAAAUUUAA